CAUUUGCUGCUACGUUGAAUAGGGAGAAGUGUAGUUCUCUGCUUGAGCAAACAUUAGCAGCAGUCAACUCAGAUAAGCCUUUUCUCCCGGGAAAACAACUACAGAACCUCGCAUCACAACAGUUAUCCGUGAUCCAAGUCUUCAUCGACACCGUCAAAAUCAGAAUCAAUGCCGGAACUUUCAGUCCUACAAAAUACACAGAUACCAGAGGCCAUCGCUUUUUCUCACUCGCACCAUUAUACUCAGUCAAAACCAAGUCAAUCCAAAUGGAUGCUCAGGCGUUUUGGAGAUUAGUGAAAGAAGCAAACGUGGAUGGCUACAAGACGGGCAAAAAAACUGAAUCUGACCUUACAGAUAUGUAUUAUCAACUGUUCAACUUCAAAAAACUCUCAAAAUCAAUGAAUAUCCGACUAGUCAGAUAUGUAAUGUAUGCGAACAUUGAAGUUUAGAGAAUGUUACGACAGCGACAUCAAAGCGAAGAGUACAUGCUGUAUUGCAGUAUAAAACUGUAAUACAAUUUGGAAUCGCGACGUCAAUGCUGCCAAAAACAUC